AGAAGCGGAUCUUAAGGUUCUCUCGCUGCUGGGCAUUGCCCUGUGCUCGCUUCAAAUCGCAUUCUGCUGCUCGUUGCACUUAGGCCUUUUUUCCAUCUCUUUUUCUUGGCAGCCGGGGGGAUGAUUUACUUCUUCUUGCCUUAGUCAGCGAAUGGGCGAUUGAGGAAAGGUCAUUACUGAUGCCUUAGAAUAGAGCCCUAUAUCGCCAGGCAUCAAGCAGCUCUUAUCUUAUCGCAACGAGAACCUUCUCCAAUCGUAACGUCACCGACGCAAAUGUUCGUCGCGUACCGCCAACACCAACUCCCAGCGCAUCGCACCUUCAAUCCUUCCACCAAUUGACCGAAAAUAACCGAAAAUCAGACCCCGAAACUCCUGCGAAAUUCGAACGAAUCCCUUCUAUCGAAAUGUCGGAACCUCAGAAGCCUGCGACGGCCGCACCCGAAAAGGUCGACGAGACCUACACCGAGAGCAAGGCCAAAUUUGAAGGGAAGGCGAAGAGCGAGUACUUUGAUCCUUGUCAAGAGCUUGCGCAGAAGAGCAUCAAAUGCCUGCACCGGAAUGGGGGAGACAGGGCCAUGUGCGGAGAUUACUUUCAAGCAUACCGAGAUUGCAAGAAGGCUUGGUUUGACAAGCUCAAGGCAGACCGAAAGGCGCAGGGUGCUUGGUGGUGAUGUGAAUGGGUGUAUAUGACGUUCGCCAAUGCCGAUAUGAUACCGAGACGAUCCGAACCGAAUCUAGUCGACAAACUUCUUGCGGGCGCAAGAAGAUAUGACAUUGUAUAUUUUGUAAAACAACAUGCAUGCAUGGAAAGGAGUAUUCAUGUGUAUGGGUAAUUCGGUCAUGUUUCAAGAUAGAU